AUGGCGAAGAGCAAAAACCAGUCCCAGCGUUCCCGGGCAGCACGGAGGGCAGCGUCCCCAAGUCUCGACCUUGACAAGUCGGUGACUUCGCUUCCCCGAGCGGAAUCUCCCACCACAACGAGGCCUUCAGUUCUGGCUGACCGCGCCACUUCCGGUAUCCAGAAAAAGCAGAAGAAAAAUGACAAGAUCUCAAGGGCUCAGCGGAUACGGCAACAAAAGGGAAUGGACCGAGCUGAGGCUGUGAUGGAUCAAUUGGAAAUCAAGAAGGCUAAAAGUUUGGCUCGCGGCAAGGCCGUCAACUCCCGAAGAGCUGAUUGGGAAGACACCAACCGCAAAACUUUGGCGUUCACCGCUCUUCAACAAGAUGACGACGAGGAGGAUGACGAGGACGACGAUGCGAUGGCCGAAGAUUCUGCACCUUCCAAGGUUGCUGUCACAAAUAACGUCUUCCAAAUUGCAACCGAAGGCCCCAAUCCCGCAACUGACGACUCUGGGACUGUCGAUGAAAUCGACGAGAUCACCUGA